UUCCGCUCAGAACUAGUGAACGUAGAGAGGUAUUUAGCUUGUCAUUAGCAAGCGGAGCUUCAAAGUCUUAGUUCGUAUUCAAAAUGGAAGGGAUAACGAAAAAACAAAAAUUGUCUACUCUAGACCAGUUGAAGGAAAUCACUGUUGUUGUAGCUGAUACAGGAGAUUUUGAAGCUAUGAAAUUGUAUAAACCUACUGAUGCCACUACAAAUCCAUCGUUAUUAUUGUCUGCGGCUAAAAUGGAUCAGUACAACCAUAUAUUAAAGGAAGCUAUUAAUUAUGGAUCGAAAGUUGGAAACACAGUAAAUGAAAAGGUUCAGGAAGCGAUUGAUUACUUAGGCGUGCUGUUCGGUUGCGAAAUUUUAAAAAUUAUACCAGGAAGGGUUUCAACUGAAAUCGAUGCUCGUUUAUCAUUUGAUACAAAAAAAAGUGUCGCAAAGGCAUUGAAGUUAAUACAAUUAUAUGCACAAAUGGGAAUUCAAAAAGAACGAGUUCUUAUAAAAAUUGCAUCUACAUGGGAAGGCAUACAAGCAGCAAAAAUAUUAGAAGAAAAGCAUAACAUUCAUUGUAAUUUAACUUUACUGUUUUCUUUUACUCAAGCUGUGGCAUGCGCUGAGGCUGGAGUAACUCUAAUAUCGCCUUUCGUUGGGCGUAUUUUAGAUUGGUAUGUUGCUAAUACCAAUACUAAAAGCUUUGAACCGGAGAAGGAUCCAGGAGUCAUAUCGGUUACCCAAAUCUAUAAUUACUAUAAAAAGUAUGAUUAUAAAACAGUUGUUAUGGGUGCAUCCUUUAGAAACAUUGGAGAAAUUAAAGCUUUAGCUGGUUGUGACUAUUUAACAAUUGGUCCUGCUUUAUUGAAAGAUCUUGAGGAUGAUGAUGAACCUAUUAGCGAGCAGUUAUCCAUAAAGAGUGCCAAAUCUACGGAUAUUGAAAAAAUUAACAUUGAUGAAGCAAAAUUCCGUUGGUUGCUUAAUGAAGAUGCCAUGGCAACAGAGAAGCUUUCUGAAGGUAUAAGAAAGUUUGCUCAAGAUUCUAAAAAACUUGAAGACAUGAUCAAAAAAUAUAUAAAUAGUGCGUAAACAUUAGCAUACAUAAAUUAAUAAAAAUAUAUUGGAAAAUGUA